AUGGCAGAGCCCGUACGGCGAGCGACAGCGCCGGUGCCGGUGGCCCCAACCCAAGAUGAUGCAUCCAUUCACACUUCUCUUCCGAGGCGCGCGACGGCCCCGGAGGAUUCCGACGCACGCAGGAACAGAUACCGGUUCACACUCCUGGAAACUAAGGCGUCAUCAAUGCCAUUGCCAUUGCCAUUGGUACGAGAGACGACCUCCGUGUCGUCGUCACAGGCGACGCUGGAGCCCGGCAACGUCGAGGGGUUCCGCCAUCUAGCACACAGCAUCGUGUCUAGAACGCUGGCACUUGAGUGCGAGUACGACCGGAUGGGGAGACCGCAGCAAGACGAGCACGUCUGGAAGCUGCUCAAGCGACAGAACCGCCUGCGGGUCUACAAACGCAAGGUGCAGCCCACGGAUCACCUGGACCAGAGUCGAAUGGGAGGCUCGUCGAAUAGUAAACCGACGGUGAUCUGCGUCGGCUCUGUGGAGGGGACGGUGGAGGACAUUCUCUACGGAGUCCACGCCAAGACGCGCAGCGAGAUGGGGGCCACGAUGCUCUUCAUGGACAGGAACCCACUCGACUGCGACGUGCUGUCAGUGCUGGACAGCGGGUCGAAGCAAGACCCGUUCCGUCAACUCUCAAUCAAGUAUCUUCUAGCUGAGACCUUCGGCGAUACGCGCGUGGUGAACGACCGAGACGUCUGCGUCCUCGAGUCCAUGGGCUUCGGCCACGACUCACGGGGCCAGCGCUACGGCUACUACCUCCUACGAAGCGUGGACGUCCCCGAGUGCUCCCCGUUACCGGAGGACAGCGGCGUGGUGCGAGCCAGCAUCACCAUGUGCUGCAUCUACAGACAAGCCCAGGGCUCCGUCAAGGUCUACAGCAAGGCCUCGAUCGACUUGGGCGGGUCUCUGCCUGCGUUCAUGGCCAACGACGCGGCUACGGAGAUCCUGCUGUCGACUGCAGAGGCCACAGCCAGCGCCACCUCCAAGCGUCUCACUGCUCUCGCGCUCCAGAACCAGUUCAAUAGGAAGACCCAGGAGUCCGAAGACCUCACGUCCUCGUCCGAGUCGGAGCUGCUGCUCACCAGCUCUCGAUGCGCAUUCUCGUACAACUUUCGCAGUGCCAAGUCCGUCUCCACAAUGGAGUCGUCUCGUACCGAUGACGAGCGCAAGACGACCGUCAAGAUGCCCGUCAAACCCUGUAGUGUAUGCGGCAAGAAGCCCAAGAUGGCCAAGCUCGUGCGCUCCACACACCGCAAUUGCGGCGUAUGCAGCCAGUGCGUCUGCACCAAGUGCUGCGUCAAGCAGAAACUAAUCGCGCGCUCCGAACCCGUCCCCAUCGUCUGCUGUAUGGUCUGCCUGCUCGCAGCCAAACAGCUCAAGGUGGAUCCGCGCGACCUGUUCCCGAUGCUACCAUGA